UAACACUCGCAGCUGGGAGCAGAAGGGCUGGAGCAGGAAAGCCGAGAGGGGGUUUCACCCGCUCACCGCCCGCCCUGGACUGGGCCUGGCAAGCGGAGGCUCGCCGUGGCCGGACGACAGGGAGUCGAGACAGGAAUGAUAGGCGGCGGCAGCUCAGCCGACUGGCGGAGGCGCUAGACGGGAAAGCAAGGCCUUGAAACCGAGACUCCGGGGGGGGGGUGUGCGGGGUGGGGGGAACCGGAAAGAGGAAACUUCAGCUCCUAGAAAGCAUCGGCUUAACUCGCGGCUUCCUGGGCUCUGAAGCGAUGGGACAGGUAGUCGAGCUAAUUUAGGGGGUUGAGACGUGGGAAGUUCUGAAGCCUGAGGCGCCCGCAGCGAGAGAGAGAUGGAGCUGGAGCAGAGAGAGGGGACCAUGGCAGCCGUGGGCUUUGAGGAGUUCUCAGCGCCGCCAGGCUCGGAGUUGGCGCUGCCACCGCUGUUCGGCGGCCACAUCCUGGAGAGCGAGCUAGAGACAGAAGUUGAAUUUGUGUCCGGUGGUUUGGGCGGCUCGGGGCUCCGGGAGCGGGAUGAAGAGGAAGAGGCAGCUCGGGGUCGGCGGCGGCGCCAGCGAGAACUAAAUCGCAGGAAGUACCAAGCACUGGGUCGGCGCUGCAGGGAGAUCGAGCAGGUGAACGAGCGGGUCUUGAACAGACUGCAUCAGGUACAAAGGAUAACUCGGAGACUUCAGCAGGAGCGGAGGUUCCUCAUGAGAGUGCUGGACUCUUACGGGGACGACUACCGGACCAGCCAGCUCACCAUUGUGUUGGAGGACGAGGGCAGCCAGGGCACAGAUGCCCCCACCCCAGGCAAUGCUGAGAAUGAGCCUCCGGAGAAAGAGGGGCUGUCCCCACCCAGAAGGACUCCCGUACCCCCAGAAUCCAGCAGCCCGGUCCCCGGCGAGGGGCCCAGCGGGCGGAAGAGGCGACGAGCGCCCCGGGAUGGACGCCGAGCGGGCGCUGCCCUGACUCCAGAGCUGGCCCCAGUGCAAAUUAAAGUCGAGGAAGACUUUGGUUUCGAAGCAGACGAGGCCCUGGAUUCGAGUUGGGUUUCUCGGGGGCCAGACAAACUGCUGCCGUACCCCACCCUAGCCAGUCCCCCCUUUGACUAAUCACCUCCCAAUAAACUGACCCCUACAGUG